GUUAGUAAAACUACCAAAAGACCAAAAGGUGGGGGAACUAUGUCAUCAUCUCUGUCCAAUUUUAAAGGAAAAAAGUCAUAUUUAUAUAACUGAGAUAGUAUGUGACCGUUUAGUAACCUUGAACUUUUAAUAUACCUAAGAAGAUGGAAUUUCUAAUAGGUGGACUUGCAGCAUGUGGUGCAGGAUUUUUCACCAAUCCACUAGAAGUUGUCAAAACUCGCAUGCAGUUGCAGGGAGAACUGCAGGCACGAGGCCAACAUGCUAUUCACUACAGAAAUUCUCUUCACGCCAUCAAGACCAUCGUGAAGACAGAUGGUAUCCUUGCCAUUCAGAGCGGUCUAGUUCCUGCAUUGUGGUAUCAGCUAGUCAUGAAUGGAAUCCGCUUAGGUACCUAUCAGGUCAUCGGAAACACUGGUCUCACAAAGGACAAACACGGACAUGUAUCUUUCAUGAAAAGCAUUGCAGCAGGUGCUUUAGCUGGAUGUAUGGGUGCAACUAUUGGAAGUCCAUUUUUUAUGAUAAAAACCCACAUGCAGUCCAAAGCAGCUCAGGAGAUAGCAGUGGGUCAUCAGCAUCCACAUGAAAGUAUGCUUCAUGGGAUGAGGUCAGUGUUCCGUGACUAUGGGUUCACUGGACUAUGGAGAGGUGUGUCAGCAGCCAUUCCAAGGGUCAUGGUGGGGUCAGCAACCCAGCUGUCCUCAUUCAGCACUUCAAAGGAAUACAUUACUAAACUUGAUAUGUUUCCCUCGGACAGUUGGUUGAACACAUUUUGUGCCACACUAUGCAGUGGGGUAACAGUGACCUUGUUUAUGACGCCAUUUGAUGUUGUGUCUACAAGGAUGUACAACCAAGGGGUAGAUGUACAAGGCAAGGGAUUGCAUUACAACAAUGUCGUAGACUGCUUUAUCAAGAUGUUUCGCACUGAAGGACUUUGGGGAUUUUACAAAGGAUGGGGUCCUUCAUUUUUACGAUUAGGACCACAUACAGUAUUAACAUUAAUGAUAUGGGAUAGACUUCGUAUAUUUUACAAACGUUUCCACCAUAAGAGUGUAAAUGUGAUAUAAGUAGAUCUGGAUUUUUUUCCCCCAAAUUUAAUUUUUAUAGAAAAAGUAGCUCUACCUCUUUUUCACCAUCAAGA